AUGGCAAGCAUUGCAUUCCCAGAGAUCGCCAAGCUCCACACUCUCUCAACUUCCCAUACAUACAACUAUGUCUACCACGCAGCAACUGCGUCACAAGCAACCAUCCUUCUCCUGCACGGGUUCCCGUCUUCCUGCUAUGACUGGCGUCACCAGAUCCAUCACUUCAUCAAUCUAGGAUAUGGAGUCCUGGCACCAGAUCUACUGGGGUACGGCGGCACCUCCAAACCCACCGCGGUAGAGGAGUACAAGCUCAAGAGUAUGGCAAGGGAGAUCAUAGAAUUACUGGAGCAUGAAGGUUUAAGACAGAUUCAUGCCGUGGCGCACGACACUGGAUGUAAUCUUCUUUCAAGGCUCGCAGAUUAUUACCCGGACCGUCUGCUGUCAUGCACGUUCAUCGCUGUACCCUACUCUAAGCCGGGGGAGCAUUUUGACUUGGACAUGGAACGAGCUAUGCACAUCAGGAUCUUGCAAGGCCACCACAAGCCAGCACUCAACUGGUACCAUGCUCUUGUCAGGAAUGUGAACAAGGAUGACGAGGUCGAAGCAAACCUCGAUGCAAAGUUCAAGAUGCCAGUCCUCAUGAUCGGCCCGCAACUGAACAAGUUUGAGAUACUCGGGUUCCUUGAACAGAUGGAAGACUUCGCUGAGGACUUUACGCUCAAGCGAGUCAGUACGGCAGGUCACUGGAUACAGCUUGAGGCGAGAGAAGAGCUGAAUGCUAUGCUUGAAGCAUUCCUCGCACGCCCUGGCUGUGCCGGUAAAGUAUAG